AUGGCCAACGAGAGUGCCAAAGAAUGGGCAGCACGUCUACGUAGUUUGGUGGUGUCGUGUGAGUUUGGUGGCGCUCGUGAAAUCGAACAGGCGUUAGUGAAUCAAUUUAUCAUAGGCUAUGAUAGUGGCACAGUAAAAGAUCGUCUCUACGAGGAGAAAUCCACGGUAAAGUUUUCCGAGGUGGUGGAAAUAGCUUCCGCAAAAUCUGUAAGUUUUUCAAAUUUACAAGUUGUAAAAAAGGAACCAGAAAUCCAUUUCGCCGAGAGCUCUUCCAAAUUUAAACAGUCGGCGCAUGUUCGCGCAUCUACAUCUCAGAAAAGCAACUUCGACGCAGGAGGGAGGAGCCAAUCUUCAACAGCUGGAACUUCCACCAAAACUAAAUGUUUGGUAUGCGGACGUUAUCACCAAAACGAAAACAAAACGGAAAUUAGUGAGACACUAAUUGAACAUUCAUCGUAUGAAGAAAAUUCUGUUAGUUCACAUGCUGGAGGAAAAACACUAAAUCCAAAUUUAAAAGUUGUGAUGGAAAAAAAAUCUUACAAUUGUGAAAUUUGUUAUAAGCAGUUUAGCCAAAAAUGUGCUUUGAAACCACAUUUGAGAAUACACACUGGAGAAAAGCCUUAUAAGUGUGAGGUAUGUCCUAAGCAGUUUAGCCAAAUAGGUUGUUUGAACAGACAUUCAAAAAUACACACUCGAGAAAAGCCUUAUAAUUGUGAUGUUUGUUUUAAACAAUUUAGUCAAAAAAGUAAUUUGAAAGAACAUAGGAAAGUUCACACCAGAGAUGCAGCAGUUCAUACCGAAGAGAAACCUUACCAGUGUGAGAUUUGCUUUAAACAAUUUAGUCGAAAAAGUAAUUUAAAAGCACAUUCGAUGGUACACUCUGGAGAAAAACCUUACAAGUGUGAGGUUUGUUACAAGCAAUUUAGUCUAGCAGAUAGUUUGAAAUCACAUUUGAGAAUACACAGUGGAGAAAAUCGGUACAAGUAUCCAACCUCUGAGGACAUUUAA